GAUACCAGCCGCUGUGAAAAUAAUAAUAAUAGCUAAACAAGAAGAAGACGCAGUGGCUUCGGGUUUACUGAAGAGAAACAACUUAGCACUGUUUCAAAUUCUAUAGUUAUAUAUUUUUUAGAAAACCUAAUGAAAAUGAAGCUGCUCUUUAUUUCACCCUUAUUGUUCUGCUGUCUGCUCGACCAUGGUGCUUCUGGUGUUCAUACAGAGAGAGUGUCAUUGUCAGAAGUGGAGGGAGAAUCAGUCACUCUAGACACUGGUGUUGAAACAAACCAGCAAGACAGGUUCAGGUGGUAUUUCAGUGACACCCGCAUCGCUCAAAUCACUGGAGAUCUCAGUAAGAUCUGUACAGAUGUUCAGUGUAAUGAAGGUACUGAGAGAUUCAGAGACAGACUGAAGCUGGAUCAUCAGACUGGAUCUCUGACCAUCAUGAACACCAGAAACACAGACUCUGGUCUCUAUUACCUGAAGAUCAUCAGUAGCACCAGCAGCAGUGAAAAAAUCUUCAACGUUACCAUUCGUGGUUUUUUCACUGAUGGUGAAGAUGGAGUAUCACUGUCUUUGAUGGAGGGAGAUUCAGUCAUUUUUCAAACUGGUGUUGACACAAAUCAACAAGGCACAAUUAAAUGGUACUAUUAUAAAAUUCGCAUCGCUCAAAUCAAUGGAGAUCUCAGUAGGAUCUGUACAGAUGUUCAGUGUAAUGAAGGGACUGAGAGAUUCAGAAACAGACUGAAAAUAGAUCAGGUGACUGGAUCUCUGACCAUCAAAAACAUCAAAACUACAGACACUGGAGAUUAUCGACUGAAGGUCAGCAGUAGAAACAGCAAAGAGAAAGAUAAGACCUUCAUUUUUGCUCUUCGUGGUGUUUCUGCCGCUGAACAAAACGAAACAAAGACAAAGCCAGUGAAAAAAGGAGAAUCUGUUACUUUAAAUCCCGGUGAAAUAAAAAAUAAUGAUGUAAUGGCAUGGUAUUUAAAAAACACUUGCAUCGCUCAAAUCAGUAUAGAUCAGAGUAAGAUCUGUUCAGAUGUUCAGUGUAAAGAGAGAUUCAGAGACAGACUGAAGCUGGAUCAUCAGACUGGAUCUCUGACCAUCAUGGACACCAGAACCACAGACUCUGGAGAUUAUACAGUACUGAUUAACAGCACCAGGAUCAGCAUUAUAAGGAGCUUCAAUGUUACUGUCUAUGAUCCAGAUCCAACUGUAGCUGCAGGAACAAUUGCUGCUGUUGUUGUUGGUUGUGUUUUUCUGUUGACCAUGGUUGCUUUGAUUUUCAAAUGCCUCAGGAAAACAGAAUUGCUACAAACAGGGCAAAAUGGAGCUAUGGUGCAGGGCAGUUAUGGUCAGGAAAGACCCAAUGAGGACAAUCAGUGUGGUCAGAACAGUGGAGAAGAAGUGUCCCUUAAUGAGCAAAAUAAUGCAAAUGUGAAUGCCGGUAAUCAAGUUGAGACGCCUGAAAAAAACUUGUCUCCUAUAAGGAAGAAGAAGCGGAAACAAAGGCGAAAGCGGUGAUCUCUCACAGAGAAUAAUGUCUGUCAUAGUACUGAAAUAUCAGUAUUUAGUGCCAGUGAAAUUUCAUGGACAUUGGAGGGAUUAUUACAGGUGCUAAACUGAUCCAUUAUCAUUAUCUUAUGCCAGCAUUCCUGUUUCUUCAGUCAUUAACAUCAGCAUUUACACUGUCAGACAUAGUCAUCCUUACAUGCACUCAUGUUUAUAAGUCCAAAUGAAUCCAUGUUCCUUUAAGUUCUGGUUACAGAAAGGCGGGAGUUGUGAGUUGUGAUGCCAGUGUGAGUUGAUCCAUGAAAUAUCAGGAACUGAACUUGCUGUAGUUAUUUUAACAGUUUCCUUCGUGCAUUCGGUUCAACGAAAUUGUUUAAAUGGAACUGUGCGUAUGCAUUAGAAACUAAAGUUUUUGCUCUGUCCAUGCAAUAAAUGCAUAACCUACAACUGCUCAGGUAAUGUCGUCGGAAUAAGCGAGAGCCAUUGAAAAACUACAGAAAAGCAAAACUACCUCACUUUAGCAUUACUGACCAUGUGUACUAAGGAGAGAUUGCACAUCAGCUGCUCAAACAAUGUAUUGGUGAGACGAACUGACUGUGAGCACAAUCGUGUGACUAAAUAAUGAAGCACAAGAGGGAGAGAUGCGAGGCACGAACACUGUUCAAGGUAGCCAUUCAUUUGUGCUUGUAGCAAUUUAAUGUAUUCUUAAUCAUGAUUAAUUUGAUUCUUAGCAUUUUAUAUCAAUUACAGUCCGAAAUCUAUGAUUCAUGAUUCAAAAAUCAUGUUUCAAGAUCAAGGGGAAAUGAGUGAAUCAUUACACCCAUUGUGUUUACAUUAUUGCAGAUGUCUGCUACCUCUAUUGAAUGACUUUGUUGAAAUGUGCAAAAGUGUAAAAAUCAGUGUUGGAUGAUGGAUUUAAUAUGCUGGCUGGGUUUGUGUUCAGGGUGAAUUUUCACUACUUCUCAUCUGUUUUUUUUUUUGCAUUCUUUUGUUUCUGUUUUUCAUGUUGAGCUGUAUUUCUGUAAGCUCAGAGAGCUCAUUCACUGCCGACUGAACACUGAAGUGAGACAUUCCUGCUGAGAAAAAUAAGAUUAAAAAUGUCAUCAUGGUGGCUAUAUUUUUUUAAUCUGUUUGUGUAGGAAAUAAAGUGCUGUAUCAAAGCUACUGUAAUAUGUCAAAAUCUUUAAUAAAAAUCUUAAAUUUAA